AUGGCAAGGCUACAAGCAGGGAAUACCUACGGCAAAGAAAAACCAGAGCUAGACGAUAAAGUAGUAAAACCAGAUUUUAUUCAGGACUAUUCCAAUAAUGAAGAGCAGACACUGAUUUCCCCAAGCUCCUACUCUGAGACCACAAAUAUCUGCAAUACCUCGGAGUCAGCCACCUCAGCCCUGUGCCUGGCCUGGUGGAACACGGGUCACCGCCCCAACCUGGGGCAGCCGCCCCAUCCCAACGCAGUCGCUGCCGUUCCCCAUGCCUCCCUGUGCCCAGCUAACCGGGGGACUUGUCCCCUGGGAACAACUGGGUACGCAGGAUGCCUUUGGUUUCAGCCCCUCCUCCUCUUCCCGGGCUGCCUUUGCUGCCUUUACUCCCCGGACGGCCCCUUUCCCCGGGCUGUGUUCACAAAGGCUGGGAAGGGUCCCUUGCAGACAGAUCUUGGACAAGGUCGCGCCCCCGCCUCCCCUCGUGACCAGCAAACUCUUAAAAGCGGUCCCUGCCCCAGAGCCCGUGUCGCCUCCAACCGGCAGUCAGGGCGCAGCGCCGCCUCAGUGCCGCCUAGUGGCGCCAGGCGUGCCUGGAAACCCGCUCUCUUGUAGCGGCUUCCGCCCCCGCAGAAAGGCUUUCUCCGGACAGAGAAGCGGGCGCGCGGGGGCGGACGUGCGGGGCCUUGCGCGAGAACCUGA